AUGUCUACAAAAUUAUCUCCAUAUGACUCUAACAAACAGGAUGAAAACUUGGCCAAAUUGGUAAUGAGUGCGUUUUACAAGUUGACGCAAAGCAGGAAUGGCACCACUUCGGAUGAGAUCGCCAGGUAUCUACGGGAGAACUUCGGGGACGUAUGGCGUACGAGUGUCCUCACGAGCAAAGCAGAGCAGACAUUGUCUCGCAGCGCAGCUCUGGGUUUCCUAGACCAGUUCGGAAAGCGAUAUGCCGUGAAGAUAAAGGGGGCUUGUUGUCGCCGGCCCGGGCGUCGCAAAUGCGGAUGUCCUUGGCGACGUCGCCGGCUAAGGAAUUGCAUCCGCCGGCGACGCCGCAAACGUAGCUGCCGCAAACGCCGACGACGCAAGAGAUGUAGUUGUUCCUAG